UAUUUUUCUUCUUCUUCACUGUACACUUGCCCAACUGAUGAGGGAUUAAGCUACAACUCUCUUUCUCUCUCUUUCUCUCUCUCCCUCUCUCUUUCUUCUUGCUGUGUGUCUUGGCAGUUGGGGAAAAGCAAGAAAGUGUGAUUCAUGGCAGCAAUAAAAGCGUCAAUCUUUGCGUCUUCAACACAACCUUUUCCAACCACACCGUCCAUUUUUAGAAGCAAAGCAAGCCCUCCUGUUUCAAACACUCUUGCUAGCAGUUUUAAGGGAUUUUCAUUGCCAAGGUGUCCUUUGAUAAGGAAGCAAGUCGUCAAGGGCAAUGGGAAAGUUAGUGCUGCUGCAGCAACAGUUGCAGUAACUCCUGUGGAGGAGCCCAAAGAGAUCAUACUUCCAUCAUGGGCCAUGUUUGAACUUGGGAGGGCACCUGUAUAUUGGAAAACCAUGAACGGCCUUCCUCCUACCGCUGGAGAAAACCUAAGGAUUUUCUACAACCCAGCUGCGAAUAAUAUUGUUCCAAAUGAAGAAUUUGGGAUUGCAUUCAAUGGAGGUUUUAAUCAGCCUAUAAUGUGUGGUGGUGAGCCAAGAGCAAUGCUUAGUAAAAGUCGAGGCAAAGCUGAUUCCCCAAUAUAUUCCAUUCAAAUAUGCAUUCCCAGGCAUGCCCUGAACUUAAUCUUUUCAUUUACAAAUGGAGGUGAUUGGGAUGGUCCUUACAGGCUACAAUUUCAAGUUCCUAAGGCUUUGAAAAACAAACCGAUUGAAUUCUUUAAUGAGGGAUUAACAGAAGAGUUGAGUAAAGACGGCGCGUGUGAAAGAGCAAUCUUUCCCGAUACUAGCAUUGUUGUAACAAGAUGCACUAUGAUUGGGAAUUUGAAUGUUGAAGGAGGCGAUCGUUGCAACCUUAAUCUCGUACCAGGAUGCACAGAUCCUAGUUCACCCUCCUACGACCCGCUUGCCAAUGUAGAUGAUGGAUCAUGCCCAAUUGAGCCAGAUUCUGACUCUUGAGUAGUAUUCUGCAGUUAGUACCUGCCCUUCUCGCUCGUAAAUAUGUCAGUGCGUGCAAUACAUAUAUAUAUGGUGUCAAUGUCUGGAAAAGGCCUCUGUCUUGAGGUAUGGUGGAAACUAUACUGAUUUCCUAAAGAAAUGUGAAUGUAUACUAGUUGGAUAUAUCAAUUUAAAAUCUUGCCCACCAGUCAACUCUAAUGAGGAAAAGAACUAAAACACAUUUGUGUGUGUGUUUAAACA